CAUUCUCGGUCGCCAUUACGAUUUUCUAUCGAGUCGCGAAUCGUUCGGGGGCACACACCAUAAUAAAUCCGUGCCAACAGAGUUAGUGCAAAAAGUCUAGAAUGCGUGAGAAGAAAAAGUGGUGAUUCGUUAAUUGCAGUGAAACAGUCGAUACUCGUGCGGGGGAGAAAUGUGGCCCUAGAAUCCGUUCCGACCAGCCAUGAAACCAGUGGCAAAGUGCGCUACAAUGAAGCCCGGCCCCGAUGAUGGCCAAAUAGUGUCGAACAGUGCAGUCCAAGUGGCGAAAAACGAGUGUAGUAAAUAUUGUACGCAGCAGCAAGAGGAAAAGUGCAGUGGCAGCAGUAGUAAAGCUAGUGCCCGUGUUGAGAUCUCGAAAACAGAACCAAAAACGACGACGGAACCGAUUCCGGACGGAGGCCAUCGGAAAAGUUCUGCUAUCCUGCCACCGUCGACCUCUGCUACCGCGGUUGGUCCGAUUUCAGCUGUAGCAGAAGCGAAGAUAACGAUGACAAUGGUAGCGACGGUGGCGGAGCAGGGUGCGAAGGCGUCGAAAAAUCACGUAGACACAUACAGCAGCAACAGCAGCCCCGCGAAAACGUCGUCGUCGUCGUCUCUCGCUAAAAAUAAUGAUAAAUGCGAGACACCGGCUAAGGAUAUCAACGGACCCCGUACUGAUAAUGAACCUUCACGAAGUCACAAGAAAAAGAAAAACAAAGAUAAGGACCGAGACCGUGAGAAGGAACACAAAAAACGUCGUCGCUCCGAUGAGCACACUAUUUCUGGCAGUGGUCUUUUAUCAACCAACACCAGCAGCCUGAACUCGAAGGAAAAAUCAUCCAGCAAUUCUUCGAUUCAAAACAAGGAAAACCAGCACCACCUGUUGCAAAAAUCGGACAUAGCCUUGGAAAAGCCGACACCAAUGGUCGAUUUUCCGCCGCAGAUUAAGCAAGAGCUUACUAUCGAAACGAACACCAUAAGUCAACAAUCGCCAGGUAGAUUGCACAGUGGUGGAUGCAGUGGCGCCAAUGUUACGCCUCCAGUGCCAGCGGCAGUGGCGGUUGCGGCAGCUGCAGUAUCCGGUGGAACUCCGAUAUCACCCAUCAAUUUACUGCUCAAUUUGGAGCGAAGCAACAGUGAAAAUAGCAACAUCAAAAAGCAGGAUGUCUUCAUCAAAAAGGAAUACAAGCCGCUGAAGCAGGACAAAACGCGCGAGGAUGUAACAAGGGCGUUAUCGUUCGGGGACACAAAUGGUCCUAUCAGCAGCAACAGCACCAGCAAUAGCAGCAGUAGUGUUACCGGCAGUACAACUAACUUAACUAGCAAUAAGAACUCCAAUAUCUUGAUAAAGAUUGAAUCGCCCAAAAACGUUGAAGAUAAAUCAGCCGUGCUAAAGAAGGAGAUAUUAGGCGAAGCCGUAGUGACGCCGGAAAAACUGGCCAAUGGUGGUAUAAACGUGCCAGCCCCAACGCUUUCAACCCCUACCAUACACAUCAAGCAGGAGACUUCAGUGGAGAAAAGUUCUUCACAUGAACACCACGGCCAUCAUGGCAAUAAAUCAUCGUCCCAUGUUAGUAGUACUAGUGGUAGCAAGUUGUCUAGUUCGUCCUCAUCUUCAUCGGUGCACAGGGGCAGUAGCAGCAGUGGAAGCAAUCGGGAAUGUUCCCGAUGUUACAAGCGAUCGAAAAUCAAACGAGCAAACAUUGGAAUUCAGUGCAAACGUGAUAGAGCGGAAGCUCCGACCACAUUGUGUGGAGUAGUACCAUUGGAGCCAUCCACGAGGAUAGCUACUGUCAACAGGGAUAUGCACUGCAACCGAAAGGGUCUAGAGCACCUCAAGUAUGGCCGGUUCAUGCGAAUUGAGGUGCACCCAAACGGAGGUGCUUCUGUUGUGCACAUGUAUCAGGACGAAAUAAGCGUACUUUCGGAAAGCGAAAUGGAAGAACUGGUGAACGAGUUCUUUGCCGUGUGCUUCAACGAGGAUGAAGAAGGCUAUGCCGAUCAUGUGAUGGGAAUUGUACAUAAUGCAGCUAACUAUCUGCCGGAUUUGCUGGAGCAUAUGGCGGAAAACUAUGCUAACCUGACGGUGAAGGCUGGUGUGCUAGGCAGGAAUUCUGAUAUUGAAACUUGCACGAUGAGUCAGUACAAUGAGCAGGUUGUAAAGAACUAUUCGCACGGAACCGUUCGAUAUGGUCCACUGCACCAGAUCAGUCUAGUGGGAAAGGUUCACGAAGAAGUGGGUGGUUAUUUUCCUGAUCUUUUAAAACGACUCGAAGAUAAUCCAUUCCUCAAUAAGACGAUGCCAUGGGGAGAACUAUCAAUUGUGCAAAUGGAUCCCCGUUUGUCGAACGACGGUCCCAUCUUAUGGAUCAGAUCCGGCGAACAGCUGGUUCCAACAGCGGAAAUCAACAAGACCCCUAUGAAAAGGCAAAGGACACGGAUAAAUGAAUUGAGGAAUUUGCAAUACCUACCACGACUUACGGAAGCCCGAGAAACUAUGAUCGAGGAUCGUACCAAGGCGCAUGCAGAUCACGUCGGGCAUGGUCACGAUCGGAUGACGACAGCAGCUGUUGGUGUGCUGAAAGCCGUACGCUGCGGAAUCCCGGACGAACUAAAUCGCAUCACCAAAGACGUGGUCGCAUUCGAUGCUCACUACUUUCCGCAUUUGGUGGAGAAGCUACAGCUGGACCUGCAUGAGCCACCGAUUUCACAGUGCGUCCAGUGGGUAGAGGACGCCAAGCUGAACCAGCUGCGCCGGGAGGGAAUUAAAUAUUCCCGAAUAUCACUGUACGAUAACGAUAUUUACUUUCUACCCCGUAACAUCAUACACCAGUUCCGAACGGUGACAGCCGUCACCAGCAUAGCUUGGCAUCUGCGGCUUAAGCAGUACUAUCCGGAUCAGGAGAUUGUGCAGGAAAUUGCCAACGGAUACGAAGUAGAUCCGCCCCAUUACAAAGAGAAGCAAACUAUUCUACCACACCCGAUUUCGGCAGACGAUAAAAAGCAGACGCCAGUCAAGCGAACACACGAUGGCAAACCAAAGAAGGUUGAAAAGAAAGACUUGAAUGCAACUCCCAAUGCUAAGGACGAUAGGCAGACGUCCGAAGUAGAGGAUACACCCGAUAAGCAAGCUGCAAAACUGGCAAAGAUCGACAUGAGGAAGCUGGUGAGGGAUGACAAACCAAUCAAAUUAGAAAAGAAAAGUAGUAGCGGUAGUAUUUCGUCGUCCAGCCAUAAGCACUCGUCCUCUACGUCAACCUCAUCGUCCCACAUGUAUCACAGUAGCAGUAGCAAGAAGGACAAGCAUCGGUCGAAUGGUGAGCGAGAUAAAGACAAAGACAGAGAUAAAUAUCGUGAUCGUGAGAAACACCGAGAACGCGAUAAGGAUCGCGAGCGUGAACGUGAUCGGGAUCGUUAUCGGCAUCACAAAUACCAUUCCUCUUCAAGUAAAUCGUCGAUAUCGUCAUCAAAGCACCGCGAUUCUGAUGAAAGAAACAGAAAACUGUCGCAUUCUUCGUCCUCUUCGGAACGACAUCCGCACAGCGGUAGCAGUAGUCGACGAGAAUCAACCUCUAGUGUGACGAAGGAAAAAGAAUGCAACAUUGCAGUUGUACCUCCUCCCAUGGCAGUCGAGAUUGAGAUCGAACAUAUUCCCGAAGUCUCCUCUACUGGUGGUAACGAAAUCAUUGACGAUGGCCACGUUUUAAUGGAAGAUGCGCAUCCGACAGCAGUACUCACUAGCGGCGAAAGCAAUUACGAGUCUGUGAUAAACUGUAACGAUGAAGCUAAGCUUACUGUUGCAAUCGAAACGACAAUUUCAGCCGAGGGCGAUGAAAUCUGCACCGAAACUCUGCUACUACUAAAACCAGAAGAGGAAGUCAUUACAACCACGGUUGUGGAUGACGAUCAGCACCUUAGCGCAAUACCCGUCGAACAUUGUGUGUCGAAAUCUGUCGAAAAUGUUAAGAUUGCACCACCACCGCCUCCUCUACCCACGGAAGCGCCACCACUACCACCUUCUCCACCCGUUAUCCCUCCAGCACCACCGAUACCAUCGUUCUUAUCUGGCAGUACAUCAACUAAACCGUACGACCGCGACACCGUUGAGCGAAUUUCGUCAACACCAAAGAUGAAAAAAUCUAUUCAAGGUGCCGUUCUUCACCCAAAUAGCAGUAGCAGUAGUGUCCCUCGCAAUAAACAACCCAAUCAUCAACCGCCAACGCUCUCAUCAUCAUCGAAAGUACCAUCCAAAACAUCCAGUGAUCUGUUAAGUUCAAUUAUGGCACGUAUGGAGAACACGUCCAACCGAAACGCUAACAAUUUUUAAGUUUUCUCCGACCUCCACAUCCCCAAUUCAAGCACUUUCUUGCAUUAUGUUCUUAUUUCUGCGAAUUACUUUACUCUAGUUGAACCGCUAGUUUGGUCGCGCUUUUACAGAGACCUUUUCCUUUCCAUCUCGUGAAAGCGAUUUCGUUUCCUGCCUCGCUGUGCGUGAGCCACCGGAGAGAAUUUUUGGCAGAACUCAUAAAAAAAAGUUGAAAUUGGCUUAAUUCAUUCAUAUAAGUUUAAAAAGUAUGACAUACAAAAUUUGGAACCUCUUUCGUUGUACAUGGUGCUUCUGCAAUACUUUUCGCUCUAGCAUUCAUUCAUAUGCAAGGUACAAAAACAAAUCGCACUGCCAUCUCUCCUAACAGACAAAAAUACUGAUAACACGUCAACAACAAUCUGUGUGCUCUCAGUUUCUCAAUUCACGAUCUCCCCUUGUUUCCGUAAAGCAACGGAAAAAAAACAUAAAUCAAGAAACAAACCGACACUGGUUUGUCAAUGUUAUUAUUCUACGUGUAGAAAUAUAUCGCAUAUUUAUACGUUUCCCUUCCGCACACAAACACAGACACAAAGCUUGUUUGGUCACAUUGUUCUAGUAAGUUAUAUGAAGGAAUAUGCAAAGAAACAAUUAACACAUAUUUUUAACUCUAUUUCAACAACAACAAAAAAAGAAGCAAAAAUGCAAAUUUACUACUUUGUAAGAAAUGAUUACUUAUAGUGAAUAGGCUUAGACAAAACUUAAAGUAGUUGAAACAUUAGAUUCAGGAGUGAAUAACAGCAAAAGUGAAUAGAGAAAACACCCAACACACCCACACAAACAAACGAGUGCGUCGCUGUGAAACAAUGAACGAAAGGGUCGUAUGAAACGAGUGUUUGUUUACCUUGUUAAUGAUUUGUUAAUGAGCUGACAGUGGCUUUAAUUUAUUACGUGGGUCGACGACAACAAGAAGAAAAAAAAACGAAUACGCAAAUACGCGUAAAUAUGGGGACGACAACGCUGAUAUUUAAACAAUAGUGUUGUGCAAACGUUUGUAGCAGAUGCGAUAGAAUAAAAAAAAGGAUCACCGAUGGUUAGCACUGUCUAGAGCAGGUACAGGAUUAUUAAGAUAACUUAUUUUAAAUAUCGAUAGGUAAUCAGCUGAGUAGCAACUCCGGGCACGUAGACUGCGUUCUACUGUGUAGGUAUUUUUCGUUUACAGCACACCAUAACCCUCCUUCUUUAGUUGUUUUUCUUCUUAGUCCUUACUUUUUACUUCACUUUCUACUGGCUCGUAACAGGCUCGUAAUGUAUGAUGUUUAGUUUUAAACUAUCGAUUAACUCUUCCGUUUUAUAUUAUUUUUAUAAAAUAUUAUUUAUGUAAACACACACACACAUACACUACAGACACGUAAAGCUAUCGCGUUGUAUGUAUAUUUUAUUAUAUAUGAAAAUGAUUAAAAAUUUAUCUCUAUUCAAUCGAUUACAUCUGUAUAUUUUAAGAGAGAAAAACAAUAAAAUACUGUUUGCGGUAUUAAUGGUGUAAA